ACUGUACAGAAGCCUAUGUUUUCUCUCUGCCAAUAUCCUCCCACUCAUUCCUCAGAAGCAUGUCAGGCUGAAAUCGACUGCAUCAAAAUUGAAAGUCUUCUCCAUAGAACAGCUUCUUCUUUACAAGUCAUAAACUAUGGAAAGGCAGAUGAAGACUGUAGGCAUGUAUUGGGAGAAGGACUGGACAGGGAAGGGGAUACUUUCCGUGCAGUGCUUGGCUGCGUGCAUCUUAAAGGGAAGCUACAGGCUGUUUCUAACGCUCUUUCUAACUCACUGAUGGGUGAAUCACUGCAGAAUGGGAUGGUAACUAAAGAUCUGACAAGGCUGAAAAACCUUCUUGUUGAAACAGAGGCAGCAGCUUGUAAAAUACCCUUGGUACAUCAUGUGGAAGAGGUGGAAGAAGGAUGUCAUGAUGGCUGGCAAUUUCGCCCCCCACCCCGGGGAGUCACAAGUAGUGAAGAAUACACAUUAUGCAAAAGAUUUUUAGAGCAAGGAAUUUGCAGAUACGGUGCACAGUGUACUUCAGCACAUUCCCAGGACGAGCUGACUGAAUGGCAGAAACGAUACGCUUCCCGCUUGAUAAAGUUAAAGCAACAGAAAGAAAACAAGCAAUGUUUGGGAAGUUACAUGGAAUCCUUAAUUGAAAAAUGGAUGAAUUCAUUAUCUCCUGAGAAAGUGCUCAGUGAAUGUCUUGAUGGAGUAAGAGUUGAACAUAACCCUGAACUAUCAGUUACUGUCACCACCAAAAAAUCACAUCAGAUGUGGACUUUUGCUCUUACAUGUAAGCCUGCAAGAAUGCUGUAUCGAGUAGCACUCCUUUAUGAUGCGCAUCGUCCUCAUUUUAGUAUCAUGGCAAUAUCGGCUGGAGACAGCACCACCCAAAUAAAACAAGAAGUCCCAGAAAUCUGUCAGGAAUGGGUUGGAGGAAAGAUGACCCAGAAUGGAACAGAUCAUUCAGUGUACAAAAUCAGUGUAGCUUUUAGUACAGAAAUCUUUGGGACCUUUCGUCAAACUGUGGUAUUUGAUUUUGGGACUGAACCAGUUUUGAUGCAACGUGUGAUGAUUGAUGCAGCUUCAACAGAAGAUCUUGAAUACCGGAUGAAUGCACGGCAGCAACUGUUAACCACAGCCAAGCGUUGGGAUUCCACUUCCAAGACAAUUGUAGAAUUUGAGCCAAACGAGACUACUGAAUUGGAUAAGAGCCUUCUGAUCAGAUAUCAGAUCCCUUUGUCUGCUGACCAGCUAUUUACACAAUCUGUCUUGGAUAAAUCAUUGACCAAGAGUAAUUAUCAGUCACGACUACACGAUCUCCUUUAUAUUGAGGAAAUAGCACAGUAUAAAGAAGUCAGCAAGUUUAACAUCAAAGUGCAGUUGCAGAUUGUAGCCAGCUUCAUGCUUACUGGUGUUUCUGGGGGUGCAAAGUAUGCCCAAAAUGGACAACUUUUUGGACGGUUUAAACUCACUGAAACCCUUUCUGAAGAUACUUUGGCGGGGCGACUGGUGAUGACCAAAGUCAAUGCUGUUUAUUUAUUACCGAUCACUAAAGAGAAGUCAGGGCUGACCCAAGGAACCAAAGAGAAAGUAUACGAAGCAAUUAUUGAAGAAAAAACAAAGGAAUAUAUCUUUCUGAGAAUAUCCAGGGACUGCUGUGAAGAGCUUAACCUUCGAGCAGAUUGUGAAAUGCAGGUCGAGCUUCAGUUUCAGUUAAACCGCUUACCCCUCUGUGAAAUGCAUUAUGCCUUGGAUAGGAUCAAGGACAACGGUAUCCUGUUUCCAGAUGUCAGCAUGACCCCCACAAUACCUUGGAGUCCCAACAGGCAGUGGGAUGAGCAGUUGGAUCCUAGGCUCAAUGCAAAGCAGAAGGAGGCUGUUCUGGCCAUCACAACUCCACUGUCAAUUCAACUGCCUCCAGUCCUUAUUAUCGGUCCUUACGGGACGGGCAAAACCUUCACUUUGGCUCAGGCAGUCAAACAAAUUCUCCAACAGCAGGACACUAGCAGGAUUCUCAUUUGCACCCAUUCUAAUAGUGCUGCUGAUCUCUACAUAAAGGAUUAUUUACAUCCAUAUGUAGAAGCAGGCAAUCCCCAGGCGAGACCUCUCAGGGUUUAUUUCAGAAAUCGCUGGGUAAAAACUGUCCACCCAGUUGUGCAUCAAUACUGUUUGAUUUCAAGCACACAUUCCACCUUUCAGAUGCCCCAGAAAGAAGACAUUCUUAAACAACGAGUAGUAGUGGUUACUUUGAAUACUUCACAAUAUCUGUGUCAGCUAGAUCUUGAGCCUGGGUUUUUUACACAUAUUCUGUUGGAUGAAGCUGCACAGGCAAUGGAGUGUGAGACUAUUAUGCCGUUAGCACUAGCAAAUAAAAGUACAAGAAUUGUCUUGGCUGGAGACCACAUGCAGCUUAGUCCUUUUGUGUACAGUGAAUUUGCCAGAGAGAGAAAUCUUCAUGUUUCAUUACUUGAUCGUCUUUAUGAACAUUGCCCUGCAGAAUUUCCAUGCAGGAUCUUGCUGUGUGAGAACUAUCGCUCCCAUGAAGCUAUCAUCAAUUAUACUUCUGAGCUUUUCUAUGAGGGCAAAUUGAUGGCCAGUGGAAAACAGCCUGCACACAAAGAUUUUUAUCCUCUGACAUUCUUCACAGCACGAGGAGAAGAUGUACAAGAAAAGAACAGCACUGCUUUUUACAACAAUGCAGAGGUUUUUGAAGUAGUUGAACGUGUUGAAGAAUUGAGGAGGAAGUGGCCAGUAGCCUGGGGAAAGUUGGAUGAUGGCAGCAUAGGUGUUGUAACACCAUAUGCUGAUCAAGUGUUCCGAAUUCGGGCAGAGCUUCGGAAAAAAAGAUUGUCUGAUGUCAGUGUUGAAAGAGUGUUAAAUGUUCAGGGUAAGCAGUUUCGAGUGUUGUUUCUCAGCACGGUACGAACACGACACACUUGCAAACACAAGCAAACAGCGAUGAAACGGAAGGAACAUUUAUUGGAAGAUUCAACAGAGGACUUAGAUUAUGGUUUUCUGUCCAAUUACAAACUUCUCAACACAGCCAUUACAAGAGCACAGUCCCUAGUAGCUGUGGUGGGCGACCCAAUUGCUUUAUGUUCCAUUGGAAGAUGCAGGAAAUUUUGGGAAAGAUUUAUUGCCCUGUGUCAUGAUAAUGAAAGUCUUCACGGUAUCACAUUUGAGCAGAUCAAGGCUCAAUUGGAAGCUUUGGAAUUAAAGAAAACCUAUGUAUUGAAUCCGCUGGCUCCUGAGUUUAUUCCACGGGCUCUGCGACAGCAGCAUUCAUCAAACACCAAUAAACCACAGCAAUCGCCACCAAAGGUAAAAAGCCAUCAUCAUAACCAUAGUGACCAUUUUCACACUGAUGGAAUUGUUCAGCCAACGGCUUCUGUCUUAAUUGGAAAUCCUGUCAGAGCUUAUACCCCACCACCGCCACCCCCUCCUCCUCCUGGGCCUCAUCCGAACCUGGGGAAGUCUCCCAGUCCUGUACAGCGGAUAGAUCCUCAUACUGGGACAAGCAUUCUUUAUGUACCUGCUGUUUACGGAGGAAAUAUGGUCAUGUCUGUGCCUUUACCUGUACCAUGGACAGGGUAUCAGAGUAGAUUUGCAGUUGAUCCUCGAAUCAUUACUCAUCAAACAGCCAUGGCAUAUAAUGUGAAUCUUUUACAAGCACAUGGACGUGGGUCUCCCAUUCCUUAUGGUCUUGGACAUCAUUCACCAGUUAGUAUAGGACAACAGCAGCUUCAUCAUUCAGAGAAAGAACAACUUGAACUAAAUCGAAACAGCAAAAAUGAGCCUGGUGCUGGACCUGAAAUCAGUAAAAUUCGGACACCUGAGAAAAACUCUUUAGAAGCCAAACAGGUUGACUUAGAAGCAAAUCCCCAAAAUAGAAGCCCUGAAUCGCGUUCCAGUUCUUCUUAUCCUAAUUCUAAAUUUCACCGCAAGGAUAAUCUUAACCCCAGGCAGCUGAACAUUCACCUGACUCCUCCCCAAGCCCAGUACGCUGUUCCUAGCCGCCCCUUCCAGCACUUAGCCCAAAUUUCAAGGCAUCCGUAUCCUGUGCCACCACAACCGAACCUCUUAAGCCAACAGCAGAAUCAUUUGUCUGAGCAACAUAACCAAAUGCCUCCUCCGCAGAGCCAGAUAGUCCAGCAACACAAUCAUUUAAAUCAGCAGCCGCAACCACCAUCUUCACAGCUCUCUCCUGCCUUUCCAACUGGGCCCAACCAGUCUUUCUUUAAAAAUCCGGUUCCACAUAGACCUCAUUCCCCUGGUACAGACACUUCGGUUUUAGAACAGCUCCCUCCAUCUGUGCUGCAAGAUGUCAGUAGCCCCCUGAGACCCAUUGCACAGCCUAACCUCAUGAUGCCAUCCCAUUUGAAUCACUUCAUUGAAGAGAAUCCUCCAGGAGUGUCUGUGGGAGAACCGUUAGAUCGUAUUCAUGGAAAUUUAGCUUUGGAAACAUUAAGGCAACAGCAAGCAAGACUACAGCAAUGGAAUGAGCAUAACGCCUAUCUCAGUCAGGGCAAUAUUUCUUAUUCUCACCAUCACCACCCUCAUUUAUCCCACCUUUCUCAGCAGUCCAUGGGACUGCAUCAGCAGCCAGUCAGGGCAAACUGGAAACUUGCCAACAAUAUUGAAGACGAAACGGAGGAAACAUAUUCAAGAUUCCAGGAUUUGCUUCGAGAGCUCUCCCACCGUGAUCAAGCUGAAAACAGGGACCUUGUUGAAAUGCCUCCACCUCAAUCAAGACUUUUGCAAUAUAGACAAGUGCAGCCCAGAAGUCCACCAGCACUCCUCUCUCCUACGUGCAACUCAAACCACAGUGGCCACUUUCCUAAUUUCUCUGAGAGUAGAGACCUUGAGAUCUCUAACAAUCCAGCAUUUCAGCAGCAUUUGCCUCAAAUGUACAAUCCCCCUUUCUCAGUGCCAUCUGAACACCUGACCCCACCUUCCUUGAAAUACCUGCAGCCAGAUGGAUCAUGGACCUAUGCUAAUUUACACCAGAGUCAUCUCAUGGGGCAAGGCUUUCAUUAUGGUAUACCUCCAUUGCCUCAUAGAUCACAACCGAACCCUUUUAUACAAAUACAAAAUCAUCAGCACGCAGUUGGUCAGGAACCAUUUCACCCCCUCACUUCACGAGCAGUAUCUGCUUCUUCUCUGCAUAGCUUAGAAGAGUAUGAACCAAGAGGACCUGGCAGGCCAUUGUACCAAAGAAGAAUGUCAUCUAGUUCAACCCAGGCUUGUUCUGAAGGUUUAAAUACUCCUCCAGAUAAUGUUGGACAGUGUCAAGAGCUUCAGGACCAGAGUAACCCAUCCUCAUUCAAUUAUUCACCCCCCGAAUGGUGGGUCAACUCUUCUUCAUCAGCCCCCUAUCAGAACAUUCCAUGUAACGGAUCCAACAGAGCAAUCCCACCAAGAGAACAGUUAGUUCCUCCGAAGACUAUCAAAUCCCCCGAGGAACAGAUGAAGGUUGAAAACAUCCCGUUGUCCAGUUCUUUUAACUACAAUGUACUCCAGCAUCUGGGCCAGUUCCCACCCCUCAUGCCCAACAAGCAGAUUGUGGAAUCCAACAGCAACAGCCAGCCCAGUGCUGGGUUGAACAAACCUGCCAUGUCCUACGCAAGUGCUCUGAGGGCUCCUCCCAAGCCCAGACCCCCUCCUGAGCAGGCAAAAAAGAAUAGCGACCCCUUGUCUCUGUUUCAGGAACUUAGCCUAGGUAGUUCAUCAGGUAGCAAUGGCUUCUACUCCUAUUUUAAAUAAUCAGACUAUUUUUGUAGAGACAUUUUAAUUUUUAUUUCUGUGAGUAGAUUUAAGAUAGUUGGGGCUGCAUCUGCAGGUACCAUCGUUUCUCUCUGUUUAUAUUAGUAAAUAUAUUUUGGUUUAAUGGCUUUGCUGCUAGACUUGAAGCUAAUUCUUUUUAAAUUAUAUUCCACUAUUUUACUUUUCUUUUUGAUGUGGGUCAGAAGUUUGAGAAAAAAAAAUCCCUAGAAAAAAAAACUUUUAAAAAUUAUGUAACUUUAUCUAUGUGUUGCAUUAAAGCUAGCAGCUGAAAAGUUAACUGUGCAACUUUAAAAAAAAAUAUAUAAACAUUAAAAAAAAGUUGUCUAAAUUGUAUUUAAAAAUGUAAGUAGCAUUUACAUUUAUUCAAUAACAUUUAGCAUACUGUGCUGGGUUUCUGUACCAGAAAUGGCCAGUUAAUGUACAAAUGUAUGUUAUGUCUGCUUAAAUUGUUUAUUUUUUUUUAAAUAAAGAUGCAGCAUCUUAUAUUUACAUUCAGUUUUAUCAGAUUUCUGUGAAGGGAUGCUGCAUUCUAAGACUUUUAUAGUUUUAGAAUAUGUAUGAUGUGGUUAUAGUAAUUUCCUUUCUAGGAUGAAGUGAAGGUCUUUGCUGCAGACCCAGAUACUACUCUUUUGCAAUUAAACAAAAAAUUAGUGGUCAACCUAAAGGGGAAAAAUUCAUGUUGUUGUUUUUUUGACAAGCUAUUCAUUCAGCUUGUUGGAGGGAUUAAUUUAAUAGGUUUUUAAACAGAAAUCAUGAAAUGACAAAAAUUGCUAUAUUGGGUGCUUGGUAGUUGAAUAGCUAUUUUAAAAAAAAAAUCCAUAUGAAUGAAUUUAGGAAAAAAAUAAUUGAAUCCCCCUCCCAACUAUGCACGUUAAAUGUUUGUAAUUUAGUUUCUUCCCCUCUGAUUUUUCCAGUGGUAUGAGAAUUGUGCCACUUUAAGGGUUUUUCUUCUUUUUUCCAUCAAAAGAUUUUGGUACAUGAUUUGAUGUUUACUUUAAAUGUGACAUUAUCCACAAAUAUUCAAAUAUUUUGCUAACUGUUUUGUUUGAGGAACUUCAUUAAAGAAGAUUUUUAUGUUUGCCAAAGCUGUAUCCAAAUUAAUCCCAGCCUUGGGGAAGAAGAGUUGUGGGGAAGGUUUGGGGAAGCAGUAUGAAUGAUGUGGUUAUUUAUAUUCUUGUAUCUUCUGUCAAGGCCUUUUGCCACUAUAUAUUGAAAGAAAAAUCUAUAAAAGACUGUACAGCAAUAUGUUACAAAAUUUGGGGGAAGAAUUAGGGUAACCUUUACCUUUACGAUUUUGGUCUUGUACACUGUUCAUACUUUUGAAAGAAAUCUUUUUUAACUUCAACGGAGGCACGGCCUCCUUUACACUUGAAAAGAUCUCUUUGAUCAGGGACAAUUAAUUUUUAUCAACUAUUUAUUUUAAUUUCCCAUUAUAAGUGAUAUUUUCAAAAAUAUAGUUUUAAAGUUUCUUCCCACGACUGUUUAAAACUGGGCUUCAUUUACAGGGAUGUUUGUUUUUGCUUUGUCGAGCUACUGUAUUUGCUGCUGUAUCAAAUCUAAUAUUUGCUUUGGUUUCAGUCCCUUCAUAUCUGUUGGAUUUUAUACGUUGUGAUAGUGACAUCUGGGUUUGACUGAAAUCUGUGUCACUUUUUUCUUAUUGAUUUCAGAUAACUAAGGAACUUUCUAUAAAAGAUAUGCAUACUAACUUAAUGUGCUGCAAUAUUUUAAUGGCUGCUGGGCUCAGAAAUGGGUGAAGCUAAAUAAAGCUGUUAUAAAACCAAACAAAAUGAAAGCAGAAGAUUCUGCUCAAUUUUAUUUAGUACCCCGAGGACACAUUCAGGAUGUAAGCAUGAAGUUAGUCAGAUCAUUCUGUCCUCAGUUGACAUAAACCAGGAUUUAAUUAGUCCCACUUUAAUAUCUGAAGUUAUUUCUGUUGAUUCUGUGUCCUGCCCUGACUAUCACUGAUGAACGUUGAGGACAAUUGACUUAGUGAAGAAUAAAUAGGAACACGUAGAAAGGUAUAUAAUAGUUGGUUGCUUAUAGCACAAAUACAUACACUUUCAAUUUACCACUCUGAAAUCACAGAGUUCAAAUUCAGAUACCUAAGUCUUAUUAUUCCCUUCACCUGGACUGAAUCUAAAUAAAUACUACUCCGUCAAUUAUUUUCAUCUGUGAGUUAGUGAUAUUAGGAAGAAGGUGCAGUCUUCAGUCUAUUUAAUCUAUAUCAUAACUUUUCUCAGGAGUUAAUAUGGAAUUAAUAAGCUGUGGAGUAAAACACGUUAUGCCAUCUAUGUGGAUCUGCAGUAAGGUACUUUCUGAGUUUUCACUCAGUAUUUUAGUAUUAGCAACUUCAAAAAAAAUGUGCAUGAAAGCUCCACAUUUUUGCAAUUUGGUUCCCAUUUGUAUUGGGUCAUAGAAAAAUUCUCAUGGUCUGUGUUCAGACCGCUAGUUUGUUAUGCUAAUAUUGGAGACAUUUUACUUUUAAGAGCAGAUCACAACAUUCUUUCUGAUUUGAGCCAUGAUGAAUCUUGAUUUUUCAGAUUAGUGGAUUAUACCAUUACCAUAAUAAAAGGCAUACAUGGAAUCAAUUUUUGAAACAUCUGAUUAUCCUGGUUAUUAAGAACACAUUUUUGGAGCUAUUCUAUAUUUACAUCUCUGAUUCUUAUUCAAAUUAUAUAAUUUUUAUAAAAACCCUUUUUUCCCACCUCAAAGAAAGUUUUCUUCAUUAUUUCAUUUCACAAUUACUUUGUCAUUGAAGGAACAAAUUUACUUUAGGAGCAUGUCAUAUAUCACACAGAAAUUUAUUCCAUUAGCAAAAAAAAAGUUUACAUUUAAAAAUGUAACUCUUAAAGUUGGUACUAUAUAAAGAAAAGAGCUGAUAAACUGAUACAUGAACAGUGUUGAUUCACAUUACAAUUGAACAGCUAGUUAGAAUAAUAAGUGAAUUUCUUGUACAUGAAGGAUUCAUUUUGCUGGAAGCAUCCAGUCUUGUAAAUUUAAAAAUACAAAACUGAAAAUUGCUUACUAUGAUUUGAAGCUUAAAAAUCAGAUAGUUCUUGAGGACAAUUUGUCAACAUAUAUUUGUAACUCUGAAUUCUCAAUUCUCAAUUGUGUGUGUGUGUGUGUGUGUGUGUGUGUUUGUAUGUGUGUAGAUUCCAUGUUCAGAAGUUAUGUUAUUAGCCGUUGAUUUUAUAAACCCUGAUUGUAUCUGAGGAUGCAUCUAAGAUCCAUUCCAGUCAAUGUACUUUCAGUGACUUUAGGUCUAUUUUCUAACAUAAAACGGGACAUAUAUUUUUCCCUAUAAAAUUUCAGUAAAGUAGAAAAAGUAGUGGUUCAAAAGUCCACUGACUGAGUGUCCCAGCAGAUGGCAGUUCACUAUGGCUCCAAUUUUUUUCUGUGAAAGGAUAUUUAUUAAAAGGCCUACACCAUGCACUGCAGGCAUGGGAGAAUUCCUGCCUCUUCUACAGGGGAUCCGAACUUCAGCUCCUGAAAUGCUUAUGUGCCUAUUCAGCCUGAAGUCUAGUGAUCAGUACUUGUUGGGGGUGAAAGUGCGGAAGCGUGCAAGGAUUCCCAGGAUAAUCAUCAUGCCAUUUUAAUUUUAGUUGUUUUGCUGUCCAGUGUCCUUUGAGGCUGAAGCAGGCUUGAAAUACUGUUAAUAAACGUCUUUUCAGAACUUGUGAAAAGUGACCCUGAGUUAUAAAACUUCAAAAUUGGAGGUAAAAAGUAUUUAAAACAUCAAAGGGCAAAGAGGAAUAAAAAGUCAUAGGUUUGAGAAUGUAUUUAUCAUGUAUUCUCAAUUUAGGUGCCAAAAUACACUCAAAAAUUCAGUUUGGCUCAUCCACAGAUGGAUGGAAUAUUGCAAAAUCUCCAUUCCCACCCCACUCUGUGGCCAGUCAGAGGUGGUGUUUGCCGGUUCUCCGUACUACUCAAAAUCUCCGCUACCGGUUCUCCAGGACCUGUCAGAACCUGCUGGAUUUCACCCCUGGGGUAACUCCAUCUGUGGUCCUCAAAUUUUUCACCAAAUGCCAUGGAAAAUUGAUAAUCUCUAGGUUACCCGUGGAUAAGCCAACCCUGAGAAUUAAAAUAGGUGAAAAUAUCCAGAGUUGGCUGAUCCACAGCUGGCAUAUUUUUAAUGGUAUAUGGAAUUGCAAUAUUUGCUGAAGAAAUCUAUUCUCCCUGUAGAUUUGCUACACGCUCCUGAUCUUGAAGACCCUGGAAAUAUUUUAAUUGAAUAAAAUGUGAAUUGGUUACAAUUUGUGUUUUAAUCCUAGUAGCGAAUGCAUAAGAAAGUGUGUGUGCAUUGGAGACCUGGUGAGGAAAAAAAGGUUAUCUUGGCACAAUGCUACAGGUUCAGUAGAGUUGCUUUGCACGUUGAUCCAAGUAACAAUGAAUUAGGAAGGAAAAAUGAGUAUGGGCAGAUUGGAAUAAUAUAUAAAGAGAAUAUUAGACUUGCCUCAUAUCCCAUUCAAUCCCAAUGGGAGUAUUCCUGCUUACUCAUCGUGUCCAAAUAGGCCUUUUGUUCAUUACCUCAUGUAAGUCUGAAUAGUCUGUUUUUAUUUUAUUCAGCUUUGCUGCAGAUACUUAUUUAUCCUUCUUUACACUAUAUUAACUACAUAUUUUACUAUCCAUAUUUAUGUAGAAAAGCGCUUCUAGUCCAAGAUACAAUCACAUACAGUAAUAUUUGCUGAGACACAUCGAUGUAACACCACAUGGUAUAUUAACAGACAUCUAUAUGCAUGUUUUAAAGCAACGUUUUUCCCCUUCCCAAAAUCUCCCUGCUUUUUUCUCCCUUGCAGCCUGCCAUUGCUGAGUGCCCAGAGACAUUCUUAUCUAAGGUUAAACAUAGGUGGGUGUUAAUGAAUCCCACAAAAUGGUUGCAUUAUAUUCAAAUUCACAUUGUUUAAAGUGAUAUUUCUAUGAAAAAUGUGGUAAUUGGUUCCAGCUUGAGAAAAAUAGGUAAUGUGUAUUAAUGAAAUACUAUGAUAAAGGAUAAAAAGCAUAUAUUUACUAUUUAAAUUUAUGGUUAACAGAAUCCCAGAGUAGUUUUAGAAAACAAAAGCAAAGAAAAUAAAAAUCUGCCAAACAUCCAGGAAAUCCAACAUCCUAUUUUAGCCUUGCCAAUGCCACAUUCAGGUUGCUCAAUUGUAUCAUUUUUUUUCUGUAAUGUAAUACUAAGCCUCUUUUCAAAACUUGCGCUAUUUCCACUUACGAAAUCUUCUUUUCUCCAUUUUGCACACAUGAAAAUUAGCAGCAUCUAAAACCGCAAUUGUGCAUGCCCUUGCCUCAUAUGCACAUGUGCUAGCCUUGUAUUAACUGAAUUUUAGUGCACAUUCAAUGCAACUUGAUAUCAUCGUACAAUUCUCACCACAUCAAAUAUUGCAUUAGUCGAACUCACAUUAAUCGUAGCCUUCAAUAAUAACAAUAAACCAUUAGUCAACUUGUGCAGAAACUUUCGUUUCAGCCUUUACGCAGACCAGAUUUGCUCAUUUCCCUUAAAGUAGAAAUACUGUGUUUCUUAAACACCCCAUGGGAGCUUGGCUCUACAUUUUGUGCUAAGCCAUGAUGGGUGGGCUUCCACUUCAUAAAAGGCCAAGAGCAAGCAAUGGUUAAACAGCAUGAAUAAUAAUAUUUAAUUUGCCCAAGUCAUCGAUCUCUAUGAAGUUGCCAUAAAAGAACUAUUUGAGAAUUAGAACUUUAAAUCAUUAAAAACCUGUGUAUACAUCUGGCAAAGUUUCAGCAACCAGUAAGCUUUAAUAAUUCGAAGUUGCGCUGGUUCCAAAAGAUUUGAACUUUCAUAACUAUAAAUCAAAAAGGUAUCUUGUACUAUAUGAAGCUAACUUAAGAUAUAGUAGUUGAUGAUGUAUAAAACCUAUACAGAAGCAAUAUUUUACAUACAACCUACAGAUAAAUAGGGAAAGAGCCAAGCACAGAAUUGGGAAUGGAAGACCUUGGGAAUGUGAAUCUCAACCUUGUACACUCAAGCUAUUGGAGAAAAGCUGACACAAAUUUUGUCAUGUCCCACAGCACCCAUCCAGGGAGCAUUGGUACUGCUCAGUGUCUCAGUACAGAAGUGGAAGUAGAGAAAUUGCCACAGGAGUGAGCUACUCAACUAGCUCUGUAGGACAGAUGCUGGUUGGUUGGUUGGUUGGUUUCACAUUAUGUAGUAAGUUGUAGCUUGGGAUGUGCCAUUCAUGCAAAUGUUUAGAAGUUUCUGCUCAAUUUUUAACGCUAACGCUAACCCCUUGUCUGAACCACCCAUCCAUAACUUUAGUGUCCUUCAAUCUCCCAUCCAGAGUCCCCCUACUUUGGCCCAGAUCUUUGGCUCUUUCCCUCUUAGACUAAUCCACUGAUCACAGCCAGGAAACCCAGAUGAUCCAUCAGUGUGGUUG